AUGGGCAAGAAGGGCGGCAAGAAGAAGCAGGCGGAGCCCGAGGUGGAGAUCGAUCCCGACCUCAAGGAGCUCACGAUCCCCAAUGUGCGGGACCGCAUCGAUGCGCUGCAGUACCGGCUCAGCAAGGCUGCCAAAGACAGAAACUACAUGCAGCUUGAGAAGGAUAUGGUGAACAGGUUCUACGAGAUCACCAAGUCGGAGGUGAAGCAGAUCGACGCAGAGCUUCUGAACAUGGACCGCAAGAUGGAGAUCUUAGAGCGCGACUUUCGCGUGCACAUCAAGGUCCAUGAGCAGAAGGUGCAAAACCUCGAGUACGAGCACAAGGAGGCGAAGCACCAGGUGCAUGACACGGGGGAGAACGACGUGCAGAAAGAGAGAGACAUGCACUCGGAGCAGCUCCUGAAGAUGAACAAGGAGAAGCUGGACCUGAAGCGGGAGAUUCGGGAGACCCAGCUGGAGAACGAGGGCCAGGUGAAGAUGCUGAUCCAGGGCUUCGCCAAGCGGCUGCAAAAUCUGCGGGAUACCUUCGAUCAGAACCACCAGCAGCUGCAGGCUCAGUACGAGGAGCAGGUGGAGCAGCUCAAGGUCGACCUGGAGCUGCGCCGGAAGGUGGAGAUCCAUGAGAUCGAGGAGCGCAAGAACCAGCACAUCAACGAGCUGUUCUCCAAUCACCAGGAGGCCUUCGACGAGAUCAAGGCCUACUACAACGACAUCACCCACGACAACCUUCAGCUGAUCAAAUCCUUGAAGGACGAGAUCUACGAGAUGAAGGAGAAGGAGAAGACCAACAAGAAGAAGAUGGACCUUCUCCGCCAGGAGAAUCGGGACCUCACCAAGCCCUUGGAGGACAAGCUGGCGGACCAGCGGGAUCUUGAGGAGGAGCUCAAGACCUACACCAAGGACAAGAUGGCGCUGAAGAACCUCAAGGCUCACUACAAGAGGCUUGAGGAGCAAAUCUCAGAGGCCAAGCAGGAGUACCGGGCCUGCGAGGACAAAUACCGAAAAAUGGAGAAAGAGAGAGACGACCUGUACAAGCGCUUUAGAAAGGCGGUACAGGAGAUCCAGAGGAAGGCGGAGUUGGGCAAGAACGUGGUGUUGGAGAAGAAGCUCGAGGCACUGUCCGCCCAGUUCGAAGAGAAGCAGGCGCAGCUGUCGGAGGUGCUGAGCAACGCUCGGCUGGACCCCACCAUCGUGGCCAACGUCACCAAGAAGUUGGAGCAAGUCCUGGGUGCCAAGAACCGGCAAAUCAAGGACCUGCAGUACCAGGUGCACCAGGCCACGAAGCAGUACAACGACACCAUCCGUGUCUACGAGAGCAAGCUGCAAGCCUUGGGCGUCGAGCAGGAGGAGAUCGGAUUCGAGGCCAUUCAGACGGCGACGUCGCUCACGCCGGCGCGGCUGGUCACCAAGGCGGGGGUCGGGGGUCCGGCGGCUUUGUGGCGAGUCUUAAGGCUGCCGGAGCCUGGCGCUCUUGAAGUCCUGGGGGACUUCACUUUCUACAGCUUCAUGGAGCCGAGCUACGCCGCGCAGCUGAUGGUGUCCUACACCGAGGUGGAUCCAUCUUCGACACGCCUGGCAGAUGGCCAGGUGGUGCCGACCAGCGGGGGUCGUUUCCAGGAUGCGGGCCAGGUGUACUUCAACCAUGACACCGUGCUGGAUGUCAACAGGUCCUUCAGCUUCAAGCUGGCGGACGUGUACUGCGUGGCGCCGAUCCGGAACAAGAACUGUGGUGAGCCCUGCGGCGAAGACUUCUGGGCUGUUGGGAAGAACUGCUGCUCCGAGAACGGGACACACUUCGAGUGUGGCGAUGUUGGCAGCAAGCAUGCCAAGAGUGGGCUGAGACUUAUGGACAACACCGAUGUGCCCUUUUACAGGCUGGCGGUCGUGCAGGCGGCUGGCAAGCACAAGAUGGUGAGCCAGCACCCCAUCUUCUUCCACUGGCUGGAGGACCCGGUGGCCGAGCUCCACGGCUGGCAGCGGAAGGGCUUCAGGCGCUUCGCCAUCGCCAUGGCGGCCGCCUUCGCCAUCAGCGCUGCGGCGUUGGCGGCUGCGCUGCACACCAUGCACAUCGCGCUUUGA